GGCUGGAAAAUCAGGGUUUGAAAUGGCUGGAGCUCAACUAGUGGCUAAUCUGGAAUAUUUCAAACUGCGUUCUAUCAACACAGGGAGUGUUGACAAAUAUAUUGAUUCUUGACCUUGCUUUCAGCAUGGGUCAACAUGGUGUGGGAGCUGGAUUUCACAGAAACAGAGCCAUUGGAUUCACGCAUGGAGUCAGAGAUCACAGAAAAUGGGCCUGAAGUAUUUUCCCAACUUUAUGAGAGCCUCUUUAAGUUCAUUGAUCAGCCCCAGCAGGCAGAUGUAUUGGUUGAUGUUUGGACCUUCUUUAAAGAGAAUAAUCUGUCCCACAAUGCACUUAUUGCUGUGUUACAUCAUUUUGUCCACAUGGUUCAGAAUAAGAGAGCUAAUGUCAUCCAGCGAGAAUAUGCCUUGCAUGCAGCUGGACUUUAUUUCCUGCUCCUCGAAAUUCCAGGAAGUGUCGCCAACCGUACCUUUCACCCGGUACUAUUUGACAAAUGUCUGGACGCUAUUAAAAAGAGCUGGCCUGCAACAGAAGAAGGAAAUCGAAAGCGGAAGAAAGAUACCCAAAUGAAGAACCCUCAGACUGCUGCAAAAGGAAGAAAGCGUGCUAAGCCAGUCAGACAGCAAGUGAGUGAGGAAAUUCUUGAGGAGGAUGAAGAUGAGGGUGAUGUUGAUGUGUUUUUCUCCACACACGAUCUAUGUCGUGUUAGGGAUGAUAUUUUCUCUCUGCUGAAAAGGGUCCUGCGAUUGCUAUCCAAAUUCUCCCUGAAAGAAAAACCUGAUUGUGCUCAACACUGUCUAUGGCUAUUCACUGAACUGAUAAACUUUGAGCCUGUAAUUGGGGUGUUAGAUUUCACAGAUUCUGUAGAUAUUGAUGGAAUGAAGACUUUGCCAGAAUUGGCUUAUUAUGGACUUAAGUUACUGUGCUCUCCCAACCAUGGUGAUGUUAAUAAGACACUCCGCUGGCUCUUCCAAAGACUGUUGAGUACAAUUAUAUUGGUUGGUGGAGAAGAAGGCUCCAAAUCUUGUGUACUUCUGGGAGUGGGACAGAAAGUUAUUACUGCAAGAGAUCAAGCUAUUAAAUUUAUUAGCUAUAUUGUGGACCAAGUGGAAGAAACUGCAUUACCUGUACUUCGAGUUUUGCUGCAGCACAUCUGCAUUAAGGUGCCAGAUAAAGUGGAAUACCGUACACAUGGUGCCCAGGCUGUAGUGAAAUUGCUGACAAAACUUCCUUCUGUGGAGUUUGUUGCAUUUUUACAUUGGUUGAACAAAUACUCUCAAAACAGCAAGGUAGCUUACAGAAACUUUGCCUUGGACGUGGUUAUGGCAUUAAUGGAAUUGCCUGAGAGGGAAGAAGAUGGCUCAGUUCCUCCAGAACAUCAGAAGUAUCUAUGUCACAAAUACUGGAUCCAGUUUGUGAUCUUGGGUAGAUGCUCUGAUAAGGCUCCUUCAGUCCGAAGCAGAGCUCUCUGUUGUCUUGCACAAUGCCUAGAGUUGAAUGCUUCAAAUGCUGUGGCGUACGUUCAGGAAAUAUUGCUGGGAAUUGGAAGGCAAUCUGGAUUUCAUGGACGUUCAGAUGUAGAAUCGACUUCUCUUGAGAAUUCUGUCAAGAUGGAAAGUGAAGCCCCAAACAUUCAACAUAAGACCCCACGUGCACUAAAAAGCAUUGAAGUUGCAGACAGUGGAAAUUCAACCCUAUGUAAUGCCACUACUAACCAAUGCAAGGACACUCUAAAAAGUGUUGAAGUCACAGACCCUGGGAAUUCAACAUUUACUAAUGUGAAAGAAAUUAUGACCAUGUUGAGGUUGAGAGCUGGUGAUGAGAGAACUAUUGUGAGAAAAUCCGCCAUUCAGCUGUUUGUCAGCAUUUUAAAGCACAAUCUUGUCGUCUGCACCCAAGAAGAUCUGUCGACAUUGCAAGAUCAUUGUCGAGAUCCUGCUCCAUCUGUACGCAAGCAAACAUUGCAGUCGAUCACUGACCUUCUGUUGGCUCAACCCAGUAACACUGUACUGCAAAAGGCAUGGAUGAGUGGAGUCAUCCCUGUUGUAGUUGAUUCUGAGAGUGCAGUGCAGGAAAAAGCACUGGAGUGUCUGAAUCGAGUGAUAAUACAACAAAUCAAGGAUUACAAACAUUUCUCUGAAGAAGACAAAUAUCAAAGAUUGACCUGGGAUAUUUUGGAAUUUCUUGCACUUGAAAAUCAAGAGUUAUGCCGUUAUCUUACUAAAGCUUUCCUUUUGUGGUCUCAUCAAAAUCUAUUCAAUUCAACAUUCAUAAAAUGCCUAAUCUCCCAUGCUGAGGCUGAGCAUGCUCCUGCUGCCUGGAUGUUACUUUCCAAGAUUGCAGGAUUAUCCCCAAAAUUGAAUUAUGGGAAGAUUAUAGAUUCGUGGGAGAAUGUUUACAGGUCUCAGAAUAUAGACAACAGCACAAGCCACGUUCUGAAUGUCAUUGGAAACAUUGCUGAGCAUUUGUCUGAAGCAACUAGGUCGAAAUUGAUAGAUGAGGUCCAGAAUUGGAUAAAUGCAUUCUGUUCUCCUCCAGAAAUCAUUAGCUCUGCAGUUGAAACCUUGUACAAGCUCUGCCAGGCCCAAUGUGAGACACCCAAGGACACACAGGUCCUGCUUGAUCAGGUGUGUGGAAAACUGAUCUUGGCAUGUGAGUCUUACAUCUCUAGCGUUGUCCUUGAAGAUGGUGGUGUUGAAAAUGCAGAUGAAAAUAUGAUGAUAAAACAUCUUUUUACACUUGGUGAAGUAGCACAGUUGUGCCCUCGAAAAGUGGAGAAGCGCAUCUUCAUGCUGGUUCAGUCAUUUCUUGCUACCCCUUUGAACUUAGACCCAGAUGGUGACGAUGUUCCAGCUUCACAGCCACUCUCUCAGUUUUCAGGAUCGCCCAUUAUGCCUUCUGUUAUCCGAGCACAUGCGUUUUUCACUCUCGGAAAAUUGUGCCUACAACAUGAAGACUUAGCAAAGAAAUGCAUUGCUGCCCUUGCACGCGAGUUGGAGGUGUGCGAAAAUGUAGCAGUUCGCAAUAAUGUCAUCAUCAUCAUGUGUGACCUCUGUAUGCGAUAUACUUCUAUGGUUGAUCGGUAUAUUCCUAACAUUGCCGUUUGCUUAAAAGAUGAUGAUCCCUUUAUUCGCAAACAGACUCUGGUUAUGCUGACCAAUUUACUCCAGGAAGAGUUUAUAAAGUGGAAGGGUUCACUUUUCUUUAGAUUUGUGAGUGUCCUGGUGGACCCUGAUGAAAGUAUUCGAAGAUUUGCAGAGUUUUGUUUAGUCUACUUGUUAUUGAAAAGAAACCCUGUUAUGUUCUCUCAACAUUUUAUUGAAUGCAUUUUGCACUUCAAUGGUUAUGAAAAACAUGAAAAGUACAACAAGUUUCCUCAAACUGAACGAGAGAAGAAACUGUUUUCCUUAAGGGGGAACAAAAAUCUGGAAAAGCGAAUGACCAUUUACAAGUUUCUGUUGGAACAUUUUACAGAUGAGCAACGCUUCAGCAUUACGAAUAAAAUUGCUCAAAAUAUUCUAGCCUGCUUUGUUGAUGGUGUGCUUCCUUUAGAUAUGGAGGCAAAUGAGUUGCUCUCUGAUACCUUUGUGGUGAUGAGUUGCAAAGAGAUCAAGCUCUCCUCAAUGAAAACAAAACCUGGUGAUGAAGCCCAAAUGGAUGAUGAAAUGGCUAUGGCUAAUGCGGUUAUGCAGGCUGCACAGAAAAAACUCAUAUCUCAGGUGCAAAAGAAGAAUUUUGUAGAAAACAUUAUCCCAAUUGUAACAUCCUUGAAGAAUCAGCUGGAACAGAAGCACCUCCCAGCACUAAAGGAUCUCAUGCAUUAUUUGCGUGAAGUAAUGCAGGAUUACCGAAAUGAGGUCAAGGAUUUCUUUGCUGUCGAUAAACAGCUGGCAGCUGAAUUGGAGUAUGAUCUGAAAAAAUAUGAAGAACAACUUGUUAGGGAGGAAGAGGAAAAACAGAAUCCACAAACUGCACUGGAAAUGGCAAACCCAACAAGCACAACUGCAUUAUCGCCCAGAGUUUCACCUCCAGCAGUCUCCGAUGCACAGGCUGGGAGUGAAGCACAGUCUCCUUUAGGUCUGAAGGCAGCCCAACCUACAACAUCUCUGCAGAAGACACCCACUUUGGCUUCAUGUGGGUUUAUUACUCCUAAAACUGGAAUGCUGAAAAUGCCUAAAUUCACAAAACCUAGAUCAAUGUCACUGAGUUCAGUGGCUAUUCUGAAUUCUGCAAGGAAGGCAGCAGAAUUCGGUAAGAAAAAACGUAACAACAGCUCUGGUUCAAUGCCACUGUCUUCCAGUGGAAAGAAUGACACAGUUCAAAGACUGGCUGCUGGACGUGAUGGUGCUGAAGUUUCAUUCCAGGGCGAAGGAGAGCAUACAAGAUCAGAAGCUUCAUCUGCUGAUUCAUCUGUGGUUGAACGAGCUGUCAGUACUCCUGAUAAAACAAUUGAUAAUGUGACCUUUGCAGCAGGAGUCAGUUACAUCAGUAUAACACAAACACCAACAUCUGAAAAGAGUAAGGAACAUGCACAGGAAGAGCAGAAAAGCAUGCUGUGUCUAAUGUCUCCAGAUAAACCAGUUCCUCAUCCACGUCAGUGGAAUGUGGAGUCGCCAGCUACCAGGAAAACAAAUGAAACACACGGCAGGACAAGAUCUCAGAAGAAAUAUCCUCUAAGGCCUUCAAAUUAAGGAAGUUUGUAAAUUUGUACAGUUGUGUACUAUUUAAUUUUGUAUACUUUGAGCUUGUUCUUUAAGAUUAAUUCAAGGUAACUUCAGUGGACUACUUUUUAGUUCACUUUUAACUCCCUCCACAAUAUACAGAGAACUGUAAACAUUUGUUAAUUAUUGUGACAGAAUUUGUAGUUACUUCUCGGCCUAGUGUAGUCAAUUCUAACAACCCACUAAAAGCUAUCCUGCAUACUUAAUAAAACUACUACUGUUCUGGUGAAUGUACUGGAUUCUCAAGGCUACUCCAUGAUAUGAGGGAAAUUCAAAGUAAGCAGAAUACAAAAACUUAUUUUCUUGAAAUGCCACCUUUUGGGGUAUUGAAGCAUGUUGACAGAACUUCUGUAUAGAUCCUGCUUUGACUCCUCCAAGACUACUACAAUAUGCCGUAUUAAGCCCUGCUUGUUUGUGUGUACAUGCUAGAAGCAAGUUUUGAAAAUGGGUUUGAGUGCUCCAAUGAAUCUGUCCUAUUACAAAUUCACUUAUCACCUGGAUGUCACAUUUAAGACAAUGUGAAAGAUCGUGACAAAAUACUCAAUUUGACAUUGUUCAUUUUGAUUUUGCUAAAUGAGCAAGGCCAAAACGCUAUGUGACUUUAAAUUCUUUUAAUUAUGUAAAUUGAGUUUUUGCUCCUUUUUCAACAUGAUUAUGUCUAUAAUGCCUAUGAAGAAAUCCUUCAGUUUAUAUAAGUUUAGAUUCAUGUUGCUAAUGGUCUAAAUAGUCCUUGGUUUUCAUUGUUUGUUUGAGAUUUAAAAUUCCUCCCUUAACUGCUGCGCACCUUAAGUGAUAGAAUUAGUAUACACACUUUUUGGAAACAGCAGGAAUAGUUAAAUACUGACAAUUAUCUGAAUCACCUAAUUGAGCCACAUGGUGGUGCUAUGUGCUGAAGGUCAGAACUGGUUACCGUAACUUUUAAAACAAGUUUAGUAUAGUUAGUUUU